CAGCCUACAUGCUACUGGUACAACCUGUAACACAUCCAAUGUUUAAACAUGUUGCGAAGUCUGUGUUUUGUGUGUGAAAAAUAGGAUUUCCGCUGCCUAGUUCUAAUUCAGAUGGCGAGACAGAAUUUGGAUUACUGGCAGUGUUGCUUGUAACUAACUGCCAAAGGAGGUCAGUUGAAUUCUCGUAAGUGGGUGUGUUGUGCAGCGCGCGAGGGAUAGAGGUUAAGGAAUGGGGAUGGGGCUCGAUGCCAACGGGGUUGGACUUUAAACCACGUGGACAGACCGGAAGUAACCAAAAUUGUACGUCGACAAGAUGUCUGCGCCUGAGGAAGACACGUUUCCGAACGAAGAUGGAGACAUGGAAGAGAUGGAAGCGGGUGGCAGCGACGACGACGGAAUGGGAGAUGAGGGGAAGCCAGGGGAGGAUGAGGGCAAGGUGUAUGUUCCCGGUGUAGAGCCACUACAACCGGGAGAAGAGCUUGAGAUGGACCGGUCGGCAUACCGCAUGUACCACGAGUGUCAAACAGGUGCUCCUUGCCUGAGUUUCGAUAUUUUGAGAGACGGUAAUGGAGAUAGCCGAGAGCAGUAUCCGAUGUCCAUGUUGCUUUGUGCUGGCACACAGGCAGACUCUGCUCUUAGCAACAGACUUCUAGUUAUUCGCAUGCACAACCUUCAUGGCACAGAGAAAGAGAAGGAAGGGGAGGAGAGCAGCGAUGGAGAGAGCGAAGACGAGGAAGACGAGGACAAGAAGCCGCAGAUGGAGCUGGCCAUGAUGCCUCACUACGGAGGGAUCAACAGAGUCAGAGUGACCCUGCGUGGGGAGCAGGCAUUGGCCGCAGUCUGGUCCGAGAAGGCCCAGGUGGAGAUCUUUGAUCUUCGAUCUCAAGUGGAUGCCGUGCACAGUUCUGCUGCCAUGUCGGCCUUCAUUAAACAGCAGAAGGAGGCCACGCCCCUCUUCAGUUUCUCCGGUCACAUGACGGAAGGCUUUGCGAUUGAUUGGUCGCCCAAAGUGCCGGGUCGCCUUGUUAGUGGAGAUUGCAAGAAGAACAUCCACGUGUGGGAGCCCAGAGAAGGAGGGACCUCCUGGCAGAUUGACCAGCGGCCGUUCAGCUCCCACAGCAAAUCUGUGGAAGACCUCCAGUGGUCCCCUACUGAACCCACGGUUUUUGCUUCCUGCUCAGUGGACCAGUCUAUCCGCGUCUGGGACAUCCGUGCCCCGCCCAACUCCAUGCUCUCAGCCAAUGAGGCUCACUCCUCAGACGUCAACGUCAUCAGCUGGAACCGGAGCGAACCAUUCCUCCUGUCCGGGGGGGACGACGGUCUACUCAAAGUUUGGGACCUCAGGCAGUUCCAGUCUGGGCGUCCGGUGGCCAACUUCAAGCAGCACAUGGCGCCGGUGACGUCCGUGGAGUGGAACCCUGUGGACUCGAGCGUGUUCGCCGCCUCAGGGGCAGACGACGUCGUCAGCCAAUGGGAUCUGUCCGUGGAGUCAUGUGACGUGGGAGCGAGGGCAGACGGGGUGAAGGAUUUGCCCCCCCAGCUGCUGUUCUUGCACCAGGGACAGACUGAGAUCAAGGAGAUCCACUGGCAUCCACAGUUACCUGGAGUGAUGAUCUCCACUGCCCUGUCCGGCUUCAAUGUGUUCAGGACGAUAUCUGUGUAGAAGUGUGUGUGUGUGUAUGUGUGUUUGGUGUUGACCUGUGUGUGCUAGUGUAGUAACUACUACAAUCCCUUAAUUUCUUUUGACAUGCAUUUACUAUGUAAUGUGCAUGCGCAACAUUUAUCUUGCAGUUUGUAUUGUGCAGAUAUUGGAAUAGAAAACCCUCUUCUCACCUUGCCAAGUAUUUGCAAGUUACUCCAAACAACCAACCCUCGGACUGGUCUACAGAAAAUACUUCAGACUUGACAAAUGAAAUAUGUCUAUAGGAUAAUGUUUAUUUAAGUAGCCAGCAUAUUAAAGGGAAUCAAUCUGAGAUUAAAAACAUUUUUGUUUAUCUUUAUAGAAAAAUCCCCUUUCCAGCAUUGUUAAAUAUAAUUGGUCCAAAACUAUUAACUCAUACUGAACAUGCAUGCUUGGAUUUUAAGAACGUAAGCAUUCAACAUAAGCACAGCAUCAAAGAUUGUCAGUGGUCAUUACAGUCAAUAGUCGUUUACCCCAAAAGAAAUAAGAGUGUUGCCAUUUCUGCCCAACAAGGCUAAAUCAUACAUUUUAAGUUGUGAUACAAUUUAAAUCCAAACAACUGGCAAGAGAAAUACAUUUAAAAUGUAAGCUGUUCACAGUACAAUAUUGGAAUGAUAUAGAAUAUGAGGACAUCAUUGGUUUCAAAACACUAAGACUGGACACAUACUCAGUGGCAUCCAAUAACAAUGGAUGUUAAGAAAGCUCUUUGGGAAUCCAGAAUUUGAGAACUUCUGGCAAACAAAUUGAUCUGUGGAGGAAAUGUUCAAAACAUUUUCUUUAAAUGCAUAAUAA